AUGGCAGAGGAGGACUCCGAGGCGGCAGCGGGCAGCCAGUCCGCGGCGGAGGGGCUGCAGAAGCCGCCCUACUCCUACGUGGCUCUGAUCGCCAUGGCCAUCCAGGCCAGCCCCGAGCAGCGGCUGCCCCUCAGCGGCAUCUACGACUACAUCGCCGGCCGCUUCCCGUACUACCGCGGCUGCCCUAAGGGCUGGCAGAACAGCGUCCGCCAUAACCUCAGCCUCAACCCCUGCUUCCUCCGCCUGCCCCGUCGCUCCGGACCCGCCGCCGUCCCCCGCCGCGGCGGCGAAUGGGCUCUGGAUCCUGCCUUCCACGACAUGUUCCCGGGGGGAGACUACCGCCGCCGCCGCCGGCCCCGCCACCAGAAGCCUCGGCCACCACCUUCGCCUCCGCCGCCCGCCCCGCAGCCGCUUUCAACCGCCGCCGCCGUGCCCUGGCCGCUGCCGCUGCCUCCGCCGCCGCUGCCGCCGCUCCCCGCCGGCUGCCCGCACGGUCCCUGCGCCGCUCUGCCGCUGCCGCUGUCCCGUGGAUGCCGCUGUCCGGAGCUGCCCGGUUGGGGUCCGCCCGGCUUCCUGGCGCCGCCCGCCUGGCCGCUGCCCGCCGGGGCUCUGCUCCCGGUUGACGUGGAGCUCGGGGGAAUCGGCGACCUGGGGACAAAGCUGCCCCCCUCAUUCAAAUAA